UAUUUUAAUCGUAAACAUACUGAGUGGAGUAUUGCCGGAUUUCUAAACGAAUGUAACGAAGAACCGUUUCGGUUCAAAGUGGAUAUAUAUCUUAAAAGUCUCGUGAAUAUUAUCAAUAGUGAUCAAGGGAAGAAACGUGAAAAGGCACAAGCUCUAUUUGACAAGUCUUUUAGUCGAGCCACAAGACCAGUGUUAGGGCACAGGCAACCUUUUAGCUUGGCUGUUGUUAAAAGUCUUUUAGUCGAUCUAGCAUUGGUCCCAUUUGAGCACAGGCAACCUUUUAGCUUGGCUGAUGAAGUGGGAGAAGGAGCGUUCGCACAAGCAGGUCCACCUCCAUCAACCAACAUAAACGGGACUGUAAGUGGUCCGAUAAAUGGUGCAUAUGUAACUGGCGGAACAGUUGGAGCUGUAAGCGGAACCGGGAAUAUCAGCGGAGGGACUUUUGGUGUUGAAUUAUUCGCAUCAAAAAAAAGAGAUCAAGAGGACUAUCACGAGGAGUUGCAGAGAAAACAAGCAAGAAUAGACAGUGAGAAUCUUCAACCCAUCUAUAACAUUCAAAUCCCUCCUCCACGCGUUGUCACUCCUCCCCAUCCACCACGAACACCUGAACACCAAAUAUUUUCUUCGAGUUCCAUGGUUUCUCCAAUCACAAGAAAUGAAAACGAUUCGAUUACCUUUGAUGAAAGUGGUGAAGAUAAUUCCUAUAUGUUUCGAGAGAUCAAUAUCUCCGCACUAUUUUCUUCGUACCGUGUAAAUGUAUGUCAAACUGCACGAGAGUCAGGCUUUUCAAUUGAGACGGACUACCGUGAAAUAUUGAGUUUAUCCCACAUUCUGCUGUUGCAGGCCGACAACUUCUCAGACCUUCAAAUUCAAGAGUUUUCCCGGGAUACCUUGGAACAAUUACAGAAAAAUAUGCGUAAUUCCUAUGCAGUGAAGACAAAAGUUCCACCAAAUGUUAAAGCAUUAUCUCGAGAAUAUAUUGAGGCACUAUUACUUUAUUUGUUAUUAAUGUAUCAACUUUUGAAAAUUGCACUUGAUGAGGACCUCGGUUUGGAAGAUGCUGAAAAGGCUAUAGAAGGAUCGUUUGCAAAAUCUUUCCAAGAUACCACUGAUCAGAAGAAUGUUAGAAAUAUUCCCAUCAAUCCACUAAAUGACCAUCUUCGUGAAGGCACUUUGACUGUUAACAUAAUAAGUCCGAUAUUGCGUUCUUUCUUUCACAAUGCCACAAUACAUCCAAGUAUAUGGCCAAACACAGCUAGUAUGA